AUGGCCGACCGGCAGCCAAUUAAAUUCGGAAUUAUGGGUUGCGCUGGGGUUGCCCGAAAAGUCUCUCGGGCAAUAUCUCUCUCCCAAUACUCCACCCUUGCCGCCGUGGGUAGCCGCUCGUUCGAAAAAGCUUCCAAAUUCGCCAAAGAAAAUGGUUUUCCUGAUUCGGCCAGGGUCUACGGAUCCUACGACGCCGUUUUGGAUGACCCAGAAGUUGAUGCCGUCUAUAUGCCACUGCCCAGCAGCCUGCACGUGAAGUGGGCAGUUUUAGCUGCCCAGAAGAAGAAGCAUUUGCUGUUGGAAAAGCCCGUGGCGCUGAAUGUUGAAGAAUUGGAUGUGAUUCUCGAGGCGUGUGAAUCCAAUGGAGUGCAGUUCAUGGACGCUACUAUGUGGAUGCACCACCCAAGGACGGCUAAAAUGAAAGAAUUCAUCUCGAAUUCUCAUCUCUUUGGUGAACUGAAAUUUAUACAUAGCUGCCUUACAUUUGCAGCAGGUCAAAAUUUUCUCGAGAAUGACAUUCGUGUGAAGCCGGAUCUAGAUGCACUCGGGGCUCUUGGAGAUGUUGGAUGGUAUUGCAUCAGAUCAAUUUUGUGGGCUGUUGAUUUUCAACUGCCCAAAUCUGUACUUGCAUUGCGUGGCCCUGUUUUCAACAAAGCAGGAGUGAUCCUAGAAUGCGGUGCUUCUUUGCACUGGGAAGACUGGAAAGUAGCAACCUUCCAUUGCUCAUUCCUAACCGACACUGUAAUGGAUGUAACAGUUGUUGGAACAAAUGGCACUUUGCAUGUUCAUGACUUUGUAAUCCCAUUUGUGGAAGACAGUGCUUCCUUCACAACAGCUGUGAAAUCGGGGUUCACUGAGCUGGUGACGGGGUGGGAGCCAAAGCCGAGUGAACACAUUAUCAUGACAGAACUUCCUCAGGAAGCCCUUAUGGUGAGGGAGUUUUCUAGGUUGGUAGGAAGCAUUAAAUUUGAUGGUUUGAAACCGGAUAAGAACUGGCCUAUCCUUAGUAGGAAGACGCAGCUUGUUAUGGAUGCAGUGAAGGUGUCAAUCGAGAGAGGUUUUGAACAUGUUGAGCUGAUCCCGCAGCCCACUGCGGCACUGCCAAAUCAAAGCCACAACACAGCUGAUCAGCACAGCACCAGGAAAAUGAGAGAACAAUCAAAUCCAGUUUCUCCAAAUGAUUUAGAACUGGACAUUGCCGCGCGCAUUUCCUUAAUAGCAGUUUCCCAGGCUGUGUCUCACACCUACAAACUCCAUUGCUACACAGUUGCCAAGGCGGUACCUCAUGCUUUAUUGGCCAAACAAAUUGAUAAAGCUCAAUAUGUCAAGAAAAAUCAAACCCCAAUAUCUGUUGAUGUGCGAACGGCGAACGACGAACGGUUGAUCUGCGAACGGCGUCGCGAUGUCGCGAGUCGACCGUCGCGAGUCAACCGUUCGCCGUUCGCAGCAUCGCCACGCCGUUCGCCGUUAGCAGAUCAAUCGCCCGUUGCUUCCAGAUCUGCUGCUGCAGUUCGCGUCGCGCCGUUUGCUUUUCGCAGAUCUCGCAGCAGCGACGUCGCGAGUCGUUGCUGCGUUUCUCGACGCCGAAGCCACAACACAGUUGAUCAGCACAGCACCAGGAAAAUGAGAGAACAAUCAAAUCCAGUUUCUCCAAAUGAUUUAGAACUGGACAUUGCCGCGCGCAUUUCCUUAAUAGCAGUUUCCCAGGCUGUGUCUCACACCUACAAACUCCAUUGCUACACAGUUGCCCAGGCGACGACGGGACACGACUCAGUCGAGCACUUGAAGCUCACCAUCACCCUCUUGCAAGGGACGCACGGACCGCAUGCGUGCGAACAAUCUGGCAAGCUUGACCCUGUUGGGUACAGUUUCAUUCCUAGUCCGUCUCCCUUUGCUUCCUGCCCAGUCAUGUAA